AUGCCGCGUCGGGACGGAGUUCAGAGGUCGCCCACCUUCUUCGUGGGUGCUGCGUCUCGCAUGCACUUGCAGCCGCUCAUGCUGUUGCAAGAUUUGGCGGUCUGCUGGCAGGAGAAGCAGAAGAAGGACUUAGAAGCUUUCCAAAGGCGAGAUCAGCAGCUGGCAGAGGCGUAUUACAAGAACAAAGCUCUUUGUGCCUUGGCCCAAAAGCCGUGCUUCAACGCGUCGGCACACCAACGCACCCAUCCUGCGAAAGCUCGCAUGGGCCACCGCGAUGCGGAUGCCACGCUGGUCUCACCCAUGGUGGUGGGCGUGGCAGAUGGAGUGUCCCAGAUCGAGGAGUAUGGCAUUGAUUCCUCGCAGCUGCCAACUGAGCUGCUGCGGGAAAGUGAGGAUUUGGCAUUUCAGCAGCUUCUGCCAGGGAAGGAAGCUGCCAAGUACCACGGGCCAAUCCCUUUGGUGCGGGAGGCUUUCAGCAGAACUGAGUGCCUUGGGUCCACAACCCUGGUGCUGGCAUUGCUGGACAACUCCACUAAGAUCCAUGGCAAGCUGCAUCCCAUGAUUGCCGUCAUCUCCAUCGGGGAUUGCGAGCUCGUGAUCCUGCGACGGCUGCAGGGACGGCAAGGGCCACUGGAGCUUGUGUUUCACACUGAGAUGCAGCGUGUAGAUGGACAUUGCCAGACACCUUUGCAGUUGGCCAGGGUGGAUGACCGCAUUGAUGCAAAUUUCGAUGACAGCAUCACUGUGGAGGUGAUCGAGCGCGGCAGCGCGGUGCAUUGUAUCUCAGCUUACGAAGGCGACAUCGUUUUGGUGGGCUCAGAUGGCGUUUUUGACAACCUUUACCUAGACGAAGUGACCGCUAUCGCAAACACGGUGCUGCCGCCCGGGUCGUCUCCGCAGCGACCUAUCCACUCCUCCAUGCUCACUCAUUUGUCCAAGCGCAUCGUGGAGGCUGCCCACAUGAAGACCCAGCCCACAGCUGGCGGAUUUCUUCCAGAGGCGCCGAUUGGUCGGGGCGGCAAGAUGGACGAUACGUCCUGCGUUGUUGCUGAGAUUAUUGAAUGGACAGAGGCACAUCAAAAGCUGUAUGCCCCUGUGGAGCGGCCAAAGUGGACCAACUUCUGGCGCUGCCGCGUGGGGUGCGACGAUGAGAAUGAGCUGCAGGAGUACGAUGGGGAGAUGACCCCGCCAGGCUUUCGUCGAAGGAAGCGUGACAUGGAUGAUGACGACGACUGGUGCUCCAUCAGCUAG